AUGCUCCCAUCUGUUAAGUCACCAACCAUAGAAUUAAUUCAAAUGGAUAAUCAAUGGAUUUCAAUACGAAUAAGAUGAUCAAAACCAGUUUGCGCUCUCGAUCUGCAUAUCGGGCCGUCCCGCGCCUUAUCGCGACAUUUAUAUAAAUAUGAUGAAAAUCUCCAAAACUGUACACACAAGCUCUGCUUGUUGUAGAAGACACAACAAUUUGGGUGGCCAGCGAUUAGCUAAUCGAUAUGGCUACUUUUAAGAAAUUGGCUAUGUUAGCCAUCCUAGUAGGCAGCUGCCAUGCCGGAGGGUGGAACAGUCAUAGUUCCAGUUCAGGAUACAACUACCCUCCUGGAAGCUCGUAUAGCAGUGGACACUUGGCUCCCGCACCAUUGCCUGCUACUUCGAGCUUCUCGCCAAGCAGCUUCCCCGCUGGAUCUCUACCCUCAGCUACAUAUUCCGGCUCGAGCGGAUCCAUAGGAGAUAUUAGCCAUAGUCUGGGAACUAGCAGUCAUGGAUCCAGUGGCUUGGGUAGCAUCGGUACAAGCGGCCUUGGUGGAUCAUCCAUCAUCGGAGGUUCUGGCCUGGGAGGAUCCUCUUACACUGGAUCACUUGGUAGUGGCCAUUUUGGAUCUCUUGGAGGAAGUGGUCUCGGUAGCUCCAUCCCGUCCGGCAUUGGAGGUUCCAUCGGAUCUGGAAUUGGUAGCUCGCUAGGAGCACCACUCGGCGGCUCUUUUAGCGGACCUGCUCUUGACUCUGGAAUUGGCGGUUCAAACUUAGCUGCCCCACUUGCUCCCUCUCUGCCUCUGCCUGCUACUGGAUCUCUUUCAAACGCAGGUGCAGUUGACGGAUCCUCUCCCACCGUUCCAGGCGGUGAGCCUCCACCACCCGGACCUAAGGCUCCAGUUAUCACAAGUAUUCACGGACUGGCUAAUGGCAAUGGCGCCCCGACACGAUACCGUGUCAGAGAGGAACCAUACCAAGUCUUCAGGGAACAAAUCCACCAAGUGCCCCAGCCAGUGCCCGUGCCCGUGCCACAAACUGUACAAGUCCCAGUCCCACAGCCCUACCCCGUGCAAGUACCAGUGUAUAAGGACGUUCCAGUACCCGUUGUAAAAAUCCAGCAAGUCAAGGUUGACAAGCCAGUACCUUACCCAGUCGAAAAGAUUGUCAAAGUACCCGUAGAGAGGGUAGUGCAGGUGCCUGUGGAGCGUCGCGUUCCUAUUGAAAAAAUUGUGAAAGUGCCGGUUAUUAAGCUGGUCAAGGUGCCGUAUCAUGUGGUAAAGAAGUACCCAGUCCCUGUGUUCAAGACCGUGCACCACAAAGCGGUGGAACACCAUCACUCUCACGGCUGGCACGCUACCCCGUCUCAUGCUCAUGCUCACUACGACAUUCAUGAGCAUCACGACAUUCACGACCAUCACGAUCUCCACGACCAUCACGAUCUCCACGACCAUCACGAUCUCCACGACCAUCACGAUCUUCAUGACCAUGACGAUAUCCAUGAUCAUGGGCACGACUUGCACGACCACAGCCUCGGACUCGACCAUGGAAUUGACCACCACCACGGCUGGAACUAAAAUAGAAAAUAUCGAAUUUCAUUUGUUUACAGAGGUCUCUCCAUAGCAUGAAGACUGAAGUUUAAAGAGCCUCAUUUUUUUUAAACAUGUUUUGUAAAUAUUCAUAUCAUUGCAACGUUAGCUCAUCGGGGCUGCACUCUAGGGUGAUAACUAAGUCAUUAAUUAGGAUAAUACAAAGUUUUGUAAAUAUUUAGUAAUAUAAGGGAUAUAUUACUGUAAUACUACAAUUUACCCAAAGA